GCGCCCGCGUCGUGGCCGAAGGACGGCGAGAUCACCCCCGAGUGGGUUCGACGCCUCGCGUCGUCGAUGGAGGCCAACACGCGCGACGCGGACGCGACGCCGAGGAACCUCGCGAGGGUGUGCCCCAAGGACGUCAUGGCGAAGCUCUUCGGCGCCGCGCUCGAGCUUCUGCGCGAGGAGCGCGCGCUCGUCGCCCUCGAUCCGCCCUCGCGCGGCGUCCGCGUGAACGUCGUAGGCGACACGCACGGGCAGCUCCACGACUUCCUCAAGCUGCUCGACCUCGCGGGUGCGCCGUCGGAGACGAACUGGUUCGUCUUCAACGGCGACUUCGUCGACCGCGGCGCGUGGGGCGUCGAGCUCUUCGCGCUCGCGCUCGCGUGGAAGGUGUGCCUCCCCGCGGAGGUCACGCUGCUGCGCGGGAACCACGAGUGCGAGUUUUGCACCGAGGUGUACGGGUACAAGCGCGAGCUUCUCGUGAAGUACGGGAACAAGGACGGGCGCGCGCUGUACAGGAUGUUCCUGAAAGUCGCGCAGGAGCUCCCGCUCGCGGCGCGCGUCGGCGCGAAGACGCUCGUCUUGCACGGCGGCUUAUUUCGAGCGCCGGGCGGCGGCAGCGGCGGCGGCGGGAAAAAAAAACCAAAACCAAAAAAAAACGCGCUCGUCCUCGGUGCCCUCGACGACCUCGCGUCCGCGUGGAAAGGCGGCCCGGACCCGGACGGCGAGGGCGACGCCGCGAUCGCGUCCGACGUCCUGUGGUCCGACCCGUGCUGCGAUUCGCGCGGGCUCGUGGGGAACGACAACCGCGGGAUCGGCUGCCUCUUCGGCGCCGACGCCACCGACGCGUUUCUCCGCGACAACGGGCUGACGCUCAUCUUGCGCUCGCACGAGGGCCCGGACGCGCGCGAGGACCGCGUCGGGAUGGCGGACAUCACCUCUGGGUUCGCGGUCGACCACGACGUCGAGCACGGGAAGCUGUGCACGGUGUUCAGCGCGCCGGAUUACCCGCAGUUUAUCGAAGAGGGCGAGCGAAGAAAUCACAACCGCGCGUCGUACGUGGUGCUGACGGGGGAGAGCGGCUUCUGCGAGCCCGCGCCGGUGAGUUUCACCGCGGUGAAGCCGCGGCCUUCGUCGGAGCCGUACUACGACGUGACCGUGGGCGGGAGCGACGAGGAA